AAGAAAUGGCCACCGAAAAAGGAACAGAGCGAGCUAUCCCUCACCAAAUUGUCAACCAAGCCUGCUCCCCCUGCCUAGGCCACAGGCCAGUAUGAUAAUAGAGAAAAAGCAAGCAGGAGGGAUGGGCGAGUGAGAUGCUUCGUUCACGUUCCAGUGAUGGUUGAAGCUGGUGCCAUUGGGGAUGCCCAGACGCGCUUCGUUCACGUUCCAGCGAUGGUUGAAGCUGGUGCCAUUGGUGAUGCCCAGACACGAGCGUGUGCAGCCUGGUUGACGUCAGACGAGCCAGGCACGCUGGACGGGCCUAAGGCGUUCGAUGAAAUGCCCCCCCAAGAGUGCGACGUGUGCCAGACCGACAUAGCCUCUUGGUUUCGUUGCAUAUUCUCGAAGAUGGAAAGUAUGAGCUAAUAUUCAUUGAGACAUAUAUAUACAUAUGUUUACAUGAAUCUGGUUUUAUUAGAUUCUGUAAGCAAGGGGAUUAUGAUUC